GCGUUAUCUCUUUACCUCAGAUGUUAUUGAUCUCCUCUUUGAGUCUUAACUCCCUUUUCUAGAUGACAUCUUAUGUAAGAGCGAAAAAGCAAGGAAGAGAGACCAGAAAAAGGUAACAAAUGGCUUCCAACGGAGACCAAAAGCAAAGUGAAGCAGCGAUGCACCAAAACGACGCUGUCCACAAGAACCUCUUGCAGAGCGAUGCUUUGUACCAGUACAUUCUGGAAACCAGUGUGUAUCCGAGAGAACCAGAAUCCAUGAAGGAGCUGAGAGAGAUAACAGAAAAGCAUCCAUUGAACAUAAUGGCCACAUCGGCUGACGAAGUGCAGUUUUUAAACAUGCUAAUUAAACUCAUGAACGCCAAGAACACUAUGGAGAUUGGGGUGUACACCGGCUACUCCUUGCUCGCCACCGCCCUCGCUCUUCCUGAUGACGGCAAGAUACUGGCUAUGGACAUGAAAAGAGAAUUCUAUGAAUUGGGCUGUCCAACAAUUGAGAAAGCUGGUGUGGCCCACAAAAUUGAAUUCAAAGAAGGCCCAGCACUUCCCUUUCUGGACGAACUCGUUAAAGACGAGAAGAAUCAUGGGAGCUUCGAUUUCAUAUUUGUGGAUGCCGACAAGAACAAUUACCUCAACUAUCACGAGAGGCUCAUUGAGCUUGUGAGGGUGGGGGGCGUGAUCGGCUACGACAACACCCUGUGGUACGGCUCUGUCGUGGCAACACCCGAUGAGCCCUUAAUGCAGUUCGUCACGUAUUACAGAGAGUUCGUGUUGGAGCUCAACAAGGCUCUCGUUGUGGACCCUAGGAUUGAGAUCUGCAUGCUUUCUGUUGGUGAUGGAAUCACUCUCUGCCGUCGAAUCAAAUGAAAAGUCCGCUGUUGAUUUUCUCUAUGUAACGUUUCUUUUGUUGUUGUUGUUGUUGUUGUUGUUGUUGUUGUUGUUGUUCUGUUUUUGCUUUAAAUUACAAGUGAUGAUGAUUCCUCUCGGG